CGGUGAAGCCGCUGUCAGGCGGUGCCAGUCCUCGCCUUCGUGUCUCCGAUGUUCGCCGAGGAGCAAUGACGUCGUAGCUUGCAGCGAAGAUGGAACGCAUUUUUCUCCACCCUGCAGCCCAAUUCUUCAUAUAUCUAGCCUGCCCCGCGACCCGUAGUGCAAGACGGUCCCAACGACUUCUCGCCAUGAGCCACUCACGGAAUGGCAGACUCACACCGGCCCUUGGACCCGCAGCGGGCCGAGGACGGUUCGUCCCAUCGCGAACCGUCCGACCUCGCUUACGAAAAGGACAUCCCCACUGAUGUCGACGACGAUGACGACGCCGACGACGCCUUCGACCCUGAAGGCGAGUACGAUGGUCACCGGCCCACGCGCCUCGAGAUGCGCAAGUCCCUCUCCCGCACCCGCGCUGCCGCCGAUGAACCUCCCACCGCCGGCGCCGCGGCCGCAGACUCCUCCGUAACCCCCACAGCAGAAGACACCACCACCACCCCCUCCUCCGCCCCGACCAGCUCCGCCAACAACCUGGCGCGCACGCUCUCGCGGCGCUCGACGGCCGUGCUCUCGCGGCUGCGCUCGCGGCCGACGGGCGCCGGCGCGCCGCCGCACUUCACGCACCCGCUCUCGCACGUGCCCACGUCGGCCGACGUGCUCGUCGACUUCGACGGCGCCGCCGACCCCUACCGCCCGCUCAACUGGCCGCGCCGCAAGAAGGUCGCCACCACCCUGCUCUACGGCCUGGUCACCAUGACCGCCACCUGGGCCUCGUCGUGCUACUCGGCCGGCACCGCGCAGAUCGCGGCCGAGUUCGGCGUCGGCUCGCAGACCGCUGUGCUCGGUACGAGUCUGUUUCUCGUCGGGUUCGGCAUCGGCCCGCUGCUGUGGGCGCCGCUCAGCGAGGUGUACGGGCGGCGGGUCGCUGUGUUCGCGCCCAUGUUCGUGGCCGGGUGUUUUAGCUUUGGCAGCGCGACGGCUAAGGAUUUUCAGACGCUCAUGUUGACCAGGUUUUGGGGCGCGUUUUUUGCGAGCGCCCCGGUGACGAAUACCGGCGGCGUGCUGGGGGAUUUGUUUGGGCCGGCCCAGAGGGGCAUUGCCAUGGCGGGUUAUGCGAUGGCCGUGGUGGGCGGGCCGGUGAUAGGCCCGAUUGUGUCUGCUGCGGUGGUGGUCCGGCCGGAUCUGGGCUGGCGCUGGACCUUGUACCUCGCCGGCAUCCUGCAGUUCUUCUUCCUCACGCUGGGGGUCAUCUUCAUCGACGAGUCGUACCCGCCGAAGCUGCUGGUCUACAAGGCCCGCCGGCUGCGCAUCCAGAGCGGCAACUGGGCGCUGCACGCCAAGUUCGAGGAGUGGGACGUCAGCGUCGCCGAGCUCGCCCGGAAGUUCCUCGUGCGGCCCGUCCAGCUGCUGUGCACGCCCAUCUGCUUUCUCGUGGCCACGUACGCCAGCUUCUGCUACGGCAUCCUGUACAUGCAGCUCGGCUCGAUCCCCAUCAUCUUCAACGAGGUCCGCGGCUGGUCGCCGCUGGUGGCCACCCUGCCCUUCCUGUGCAUCCUGAUCGGCGCCAUCCUCGGCUGCUCGGUGAACGUGUACAACCAGCUGCUCUACAACAAGGCGUACCACGCGGCCGGGAACAGGGCUGUUCCCGAGCGCCGCCUGCCGCCCAUGAUGCUCGGGUCGGUGCUGUUUGCGGGCGGCCAGUUCCUCACCGGCUGGACUGCCAGACCGGACAUCCACUGGAUCGCUCCGUGCAUCGGCCUGGUGAUGCUCGGCACGGGCUUCUUCACCAUCUUCCAGGCCGCCCUGAACUACCUCGUGGACACCUUCACCAAGUAUGCUGCCUCGGCCGUGGCCGCCAACACCUUCUUGAGGUCGUGCUUCGCAUGCGCCUUCCCCCUGGUGGUUGGGCCGAUGUUCCACAAUCUCGGCGUUGGCCCGGGGUCGUCGAUUCCCGCGGCCUUUGCCACGCUCUUGAUUCCCGUUCCGUACGUCUUUUUCGUCUACGGGAAGCGGAUCCGCGCCGGCUCCAAGUGGUCCCGGCCUUCGGUGUACGACGAGGCGAAGGAGAAGCGAGGUGUUUGAGAGACAGGAGAU